AUGAGUGCGUCUGCAGGGACUGGCGUGUUCGUGCUCUCCUUGAUGUCCAUUCCCAUCUGCUACUUGUUUAACUCCCUUGUCUCCAACAACAGUGCUGAAGCCUUCUUCUUAGCCGGAUGUGCAACAUUCGUCUUUCUGGUCAUUUCUGCCCGUUUUAUACGCAAGAGAAAAGCUCCAUUACACUCUCUUUUCUAUGUGUAUGCAAUUCAUGCAUUCUUCAGUGUGGUGAACCUAAUCAUCGGACUGGAGCAGGACAACAUCAUUGAUGGAUUUGUGACCUUUUACCUUAAAGAGGCAGACCCACACAUUAAUACAGCACACGGCCACAUGAUGUCCUAUUGGGACGGCUGUGUGCAUUAUCUCAUGUAUCUGCUCAUGAUCGCUGCAAUCACUUGGGGGGACAACUUCAGAGCGAUUGGACUCUACUGGGUAGGGUCUUUUGUCAUGCGUUCCAUUAUCUACCUUCUUGGGAAUGCUGUUGGAAAAUAUGAUACACAAAUUGGUCCUCUCUUCUUCCUUCACUUGCUGUACAUCGCAGUGUCUGUCUGGGCUUGCUUUCGCGUCUUCAGCCAUCCUUCCCCACGGACUGUUGAGUUGACGAAUAUCCAGGAAGCUCAGAGAGUGACGUUGUGCCACAGACCUUUGGACUUGUGUUUUAUUAUCUACCUCAUCCCAGCUAUGACUUUCUGUGUCUUCAGAGGUCUGGUUGCCCUGGACUGUUCCAAUACCCUUUGUCAGCACUACACGCGACAUUAUGAGCCGUAUGUGAAAGACCCCUCGGCCUACCCUAAAAUACAUAUGCUGGUAAGCAUGCUGUACUCGGGCCCGUACUACAUCAUGACUCUCUACGGCUUGUUGGUUCCAGGAUGUGAGUGGAUGCUGGACCUGACUCUUGUACAUUCAGGUGCAGUAGCACAAGCCCAGUUCUCUCAUAUUGGCGCCUCUCUUCACACGCGGACGCCGUUCUCUUACAGGGUGCCUGCCGACAGCCAACCUGUCUUCUUGCUGGUUAAUAUCCUGUACGCUGUGGUGCCUCAGGCUCUGUGCUACCGCUGCACGACGAGGCCUGCCUUCUUUCUCAGGGGCACGUCAGACAAGAAAAGUGCAUGAGUAUUGUAUAAAGGCUGGUGUCAAUAUACAGCUGGUUUCAAAGCUGCAUUAUCACAUUGUUUUUCAAAGUAGAUGAUGGCUUAGUGUACAGUACAGUCUAAAUAUAUACAGUACAGUUUCUCACGGAAGCGAGAACGCCUCGCACAUUUUCUGGGUCAAUAUUUUAUUAUAAUGUUUCAUGGGACAACGCUGAGGAAAUGACACUUUUCCACGAUAAAAAGUAGUCAGUUUUGUUCAGCUUUUAUACUAGUGUAAAUUUACCGUACCCUCAACAUAAAUCAACCCACUAUCAUUAAUAUCUUAAUUGGUGGCAACAAAGGGGAGUGCACCUGUUGGAUUUAUCUUACCAAACAUGAUCAUGAAUAAACACAAAAGGAAUGAAGACGCUGGUCUUUUUACUCAUGAGGAGGGCGCAUGGGAGAUUGUUCAGGUUACAGCCUCUCAACACGCUCUAAACAAUCUCCCCCGUCGCUCCUGCAUUUAUUUGACUAUAGGAGGGUUUUACAAGACAGAAUGUUCUAAGCACUAAGACACAACACAAAACAUGGGA